AAAAGCCAGUUGUUCGGCCGAAAGAGAAGAAGAAGAACGAAAUGGAGGAGGAGAAGGAAAAGCAGAAGCAGCAGCUUCUAGAAAUGGGGUUUUCCGACGACUUAGUUUCUCAAGCCCUCUCCGCCACCACCGGCAGCAAUUCCCUUUUAACCGCUACUGAAUGGAUCCUCACCCAAAAACAAUCUCCCCCAAACACCACCACCACCACCACCACCACCACCACCACAAACAACUUGUUCCGUUUCAAUCCCUCCAAAAAACCACAACAAUCACAGAAGCACCAACCACAAGCCGAACAACAAAUGCCAAAACAACCACAACAUUCAUUUCAUCAACAACCACACCCGCUUGGAAACGAACAGCCCUUAGCCGAACGAAUGCGGCCGCAGACCAUUAACGAAGUAGUGGGACAAGAUCACCUGCUCGCCACUAAAUCAUCUGUCCUUCGGUCGGCUAUAGAGUGCAACCGCUUGCCCUCCUUCAUCCUGUGGGGCCCACCUGGUACCGGUAAAACCUCUAUAGCUCGAGCCAUUGUUAACUCCUGCUCGGCUUCAUCGUCUUAUCGUUUUGUUUGCUUGUCUGCUGUGACGGCUGGUGUUAAAGAUGUUAGGGAUGUUGUAGAUGAUGCUAGAAAACGUAAAAGGAAUAGAAUUAGUACUACUGUUACAAAAACUGUGUUGUUUGUAGAUGAGGUACAUAGGUUUAACAAGUCACAGUUGGAUACUUUUUUGCCUGUGAUCGAAGACGGGAGUAUCGUCUUUAUUGGCGCUACUACCGAAAACCCUUCGUUUCAUUUGAUUACACCGUUGCUCUCGCGGUGUAGAGUUCUCACUUUGAAUCCGUUGAAACCAGAUGAUAUUGCGACUAUUCUUACGCGAGCUAGUGACGAUCCUGUUAAAGGUUUGGUGAAGAGUGUAAACCGAGGAGUUGUACGUGUACAAGUUGGUGGUGAGGUCGUUGAGUAUUUAUCGCGUAAUUGCGAUGGAGAUGCACGGGUUGCGCUUAAUGCGCUUGAGGUUGCAGCCAUUAGUGCUGCUGCGCGUGUAAAUGAUGAUGAUGAUGGAGCUUUGGAUGUUAGUUUGGAUGAUGCGAAAGAAGCUUUACAAAGCAAACACGUUCUUUACGACAAAGACGGUGAACAACACUACAAUCUUAUAAGUGCACUCCACAAGUCCAUGAGAGGAAGUGAUGCAGACGCGUCGAUAUACUGGCUCGCAAGGAUGUUAGAAGGCGGUGAACAACCACUGUAUAUUGCGCGUCGGCUUAUACAGUUUUCCAGUGAGGAUGUCGGAUUGGCCGACCCGUCGGCUCUUACUCAAACCGUUUCGUGCUAUCAGGCAUGUCAUUUUCUUGGUAUGCCGGAGUGUAGCAUCAACCUAGCCCAGUGUGUUGUGUAUCUGGCGCUUGCUCCGAAAUCGGUAGCUGUAUACAGAGCACUAGAGGCCGCUAGGAAGGUCGUGAGAGAUUCGGUUGGUCAGAAUGAGGGUGUGCCUUUGCACUUGAGAAAUGCGCCGACCAAAUUGAUGAAAGAACUUGGAUACGCAAAAGGUUAUAUUUAUCCUCCUGAUAACCCUUCUUCGUCCCAGUCGUAUCUCCCGGAUUCUCUUCAAGGUUCUAAGUUCUUGGACUGGCCGGACACUGGUGCUACUGAUAGAUAAGAUGACGAUGAUGAUGAUGAUGAUGAUGAUGAUAGUAUAGGUUGUUACUUAAGUAACAUGUGUGUUUGAAGCUGUUAAUGACUAAUCUGGAAAGCCGCACGGUGGUUUUGAACUAAUCUGUUUGGUAUUUUUGUGGCUUAUCAAGUAUGUAAGUUACUAAGCGUUUAUCAAUAUCGAGUUCCAAAACUGUGCUUUUGUCAGUAUCUUUGCAUAACAAGAUGAUCUUUAUCCUA